AUGUUCUACCACGGUGCAAGCGCAAACCAACAUUGGAUUGCAGUUGACGACUUGAGCAAAGUCCCAGUGGAUGUGGACCACUACAACGUUGUCCCAUUCCAGUUCCGCAGAGCUGGCGAGUACAAGGAGCCGGUGUUAUCAGGAAUCGUUGAGUUGGAUGAGGUGAAGUUUGUUGUUUCUCAGUCUGAUGCCGCUGAGCAAUGGCAACAGUUGACCGCUGAGGACGGCACAGUGUGGCGUUCAAGAGCUUAUCACGGUAAAUUGGGUAAGUACUCUGACAUGGUUGUUGGUGCUUUCAAUAAGGUGUUGAACUUGGUCAGAGGGGCCGAAACCUUUGACAUUGCCCUGGUGACUUGUGCGUACAUUGCCAUGUUCUAUACGCUGUUUAACCUCUUUGCCAGAAUGAGGGCAGUCGGCUCUAAGGUUUGGCUAGGAUUGUCAACUCUUGUGUCCUCGUUCUUUGCCUUCUUGUUUGCACUGUACAUCACCACGAGGGUGUUGGAUCUUUCAAUUCCCUUCCUCUCUUUAUCUGAAGGUAUUCCGUUCUUUGUCGCAGUGGUUGGUUUCAACAACAAGAUUUUGUUGGCAGAGAAGGUUUUGCAAAAUCAACUCAAUGCUCAAUCAUCGAAGAACGAUGCUCCAACCGUUCUGUAUCAGGCAUUAAGGGAACAAGGCCCAUUGCUCUUGCGUGAUCACUUGUUUAUGAUUACUGCAUUCUUGGGAUGCUCCUUUUACGCGUCGUACUUGGAUGGACUGAAGAAUUUCUGUAUAUUGGCAGCUCUCAUCCUAGCAUUCGAUAUACUCACCACCUCUACCUUCCUAUCUGCAAUCUUAUCACUCAAGCUGGAAAUUAACCAAAUACACAGAUCAACGUUGCUGAGAGAACAACUCGAAGAUGACGGCUUAACUGAAACCACAGUUGAUGAUGUUCUCAAAUCCAAUAGUCUCGCUGGAACCAAGACUUUCACAGAUGCCCCAUCUACUCUGGUUACAGUUGCCAAGGUUGCUGGUGUUUCAGUCUUCUUUGGAUUGCACUUUUAUGGAUUUGGAUCUGCUUGGCUAUCCGAUUUGAGCGCUGGUAAUGAGACAAAUGACACUUUCACCUUAUACGAUGCGGUCGCAGAUCAAAUUCCUAUUGGCUCAAACGGUACUUUGGUUACUUUAUUCCCAACACGUUUUUUCCUCCCUGAAAAAUUAUCCACACAAAUUGAAGCCGUGGUUCUAUCAUUCAUUGGUCUUAUUUCAACUGCUGCCCGUGAUAAAUACAUCUCAAAAUUCAUUCUCUUUGCAUUUGCCGUUUCUGCAUCUAUCAACGUCUACCUAUUGAACGUUGCUCGUAUCCAUACCACAAGAUUGGAGGAUGCAAUUGAAUUGAAAAAGCCAAAGAAGAAGGCUUCGAAGACAGCUGUCAGUGUUCCUAAAGCUGUUGUGGUUAAAGAUUCAGAAACUACAAAAUCCUCGGAAAUCUUGCACUCAUCUUCUGAGAGUGAAUCUGAGCAAUCUUCACGUCCACUUGAACAAGUUAUUGAGUUAUACAAGGAUGGUAAAGUUAAGACCCUUGUUGACGAUGAAGUUGUAUCCCUUGUUACUGCUGGUAAGUUACCACUGUAUGCUCUAGAGAAACAAUUGGGUGAUAACUUGAGAGCCGUUGCUAUUCGUCGGAAAGCCAUCUCUGAUCUUGCAGAUGCUCCAGUCUUGAGAAGCAAUAAAUUACCAUACUUGCACUAUGAUUAUGAUCGUGUAUUUGGUGCAUGUUGUGAAAAUGUUAUCGGUUACAUGCCAUUACCAGUCGGUGUCGCUGGUCCAUUGAUUAUUGAUGGCAAACCGUACCAUAUCCCAAUGGCAACCACAGAGGGCUGUCUUGUUGCUUCUGCUAUGCGUGGUUGUAAAGCAAUUAAUCUUGGUGGCGGUGUUACAACGGUUUUGACCAAAGAUGGUAUGACGCGUGGACCAUGUGUUAAAUUCCCAAGUUUGAAACGAGCAGGCCAAUGUAAGCUAUGGUUGGACUCCGAUGAGGGCCAAGAAGAAAUGAAGAAAGCGUUCAACUCUACUUCCAGAUUUGCCAGACUCCAACAUUUGCAAACUGCUCUUGCGGGUGACUUGUUGUUCAUUCGUUUCAGAACCGUCACUGGUGAUGCUAUGGGUAUGAAUAUGAUUUCCAAAGGUGUUGAAUAUGCUCUUAAACAAAUGACGGAGGUGUUUGGAUGGGACGAUAUGAUGGUUGUUUCUGUUUCUGGUAACUACUGUACCGAUAAAAAACCAGCUGCUGUUAACUGGAUCAAUGGUCGUGGUAAAAGUGUUGUUGCCGAGGCUAUCAUACCAAAGGAUGCUGUGGUUAAAGUUUUGAAGAGUUCUGUUAAAGCUGUUGUUGAUGUUAAUGUCAACAAGAACUUGAUCGGAUCAGCUAUGGCUGGUAGUGUUGGUGGUUUCAAUGCCCAAGCUGCUAAUAUGGUUACCGCAGUUUACUUGGCUUUGGGUCAAGAUCCAGCCCAAAACGUUGAAUCUUCCAACUGUAUUACACUAAUGACUGAGACGGAGGACGGAGACUUGAAAGUUUCUGUUUCCAUGCCAUCUAUUGAAGUCGGAACCAUUGGUGGUGGUACCAUCUUGGACCCACAGGGAUCCAUGCUUGAACUUCUCGGAGUACGUGGACCAGCUGAUGUUCCUGGAGAAAAUGCCCGUCAACUGGCUAAAAUCGUUGCAUCUAUUGUUCUUUCUGGUGAAUUAUCGCUAGUUAGCGCACUUGCUGCUGGUCAUUUGGUACAGAGUCAUAUGCAGCACAACAGAGCCGCUGCUAAGAAAUAA